AUGGACGAAGUAUUCAAUUCUCCACCACUGAACGACCAGCCCUCAUUGCCUUCAAUCCAGAUUCAUCUAUUAGGCAGGCAAUUCAAUUCUCCUGCACUACUGAACCACCAGCCCUCAUCGCUUUCAAUCCAUGAAGCAAUUCAAUUCUCCUGCACUACUAAACCACCAGCCCUCAUCGCCUUCAAUCCACCAAGCAGUAAGCACUUAUCGAGUAUCUAUCAGGCAUACAGUAUAUUCAAUUCUCCUGCACCACUUAACCACCAGCCCUCAUGGCCUUUAGUCCAUCAAACAGCAAGCACUUAUCGAGUAUCUAUCAGGCAAUUCAAUUCUCCUGCACCACUUAACCACCAGCCCUCAUCGAGUAUCAGAUUCAUUUCUCCUGCACCACUUAACCACCAGCCCUCAUGGCCUUUAGUCCAUCAAACAAUUCAAUUCCCCUGCACCACUGAACCACCAGCCCUCUUCGCCUUCAGUCCAUCAAACAGUAAGCACUUAUCGAGUAUCUAUCAGGCAAUUCAAUUCUCCUGCACUACUGAACCACCAGCCCUCAUCGCCUUCAAUCCAUCAAGCAGUAAGCACUUAUCGAGCAUCUAUCAGGCAGGCAAUUCAAUUCUCGUGCACCACUUAACCACCAGCCCUCAUCGCCUUCAAUCCAUCAAACAGUAAGCACUUAAGGAGUAUCUAUCAGGCU